GGGGGUGGCGGCGAGGGGGCGACACAGAGUCCCUGUGGGGUAUCGGGCUGGGGGGCCGCGGGGGCGGGGGGCGAGUGCCUGCGGCCGGGGGGAUGGCCGCCUGGGCCCCUUCCCCACCCCCACACCCUGGGAUGCUGUCGGGGGGAAGUUUUCAUUAUGGUUAUUUAAUUUAAAAAAAAUUUUUUUUUUUUGGGAAAACCAUCUUGUUUGGUGACUGAGAGAUCUGGUUUAAAAAAAAAAAAAAGCUGCGGCUGCUGACGCUGCCGGGCCCGAGUGUGUGUGAGUGAGUGUGUGUUGGUGCAUUUGUCUUGGGUGGCCGGAGCAGCGUUGGGGAAAUUCCGCUUAUUCUUCUUCUUCUGCAACUUGUUAUUCUGAGGAGUCCGCCUGCACCCCUCACCCCGGGGCGGCCCUCCCGCCGUCGCCGCCGGCCGGCCGCCCCGGGACCCCGCGCGGGUCCGGGACUCACAGGCCCCUCAGAGAGGGGCCGCGGCCGCCCCUCCCCCCGGGCCGCGGGGGGAGGGGCGCGCGGAGUGGGACUCUUUCCGUUUGGUCCAGCCCCGCGGUGCACGCAGUUCCCAACACUUCUCGUCAUCCUCUCUCUCUGCUCUCUUUAUUCUGCUGAGCGGUGCUGUUAGGAUUUCUUCUCUCUCUCUCUCUCUCUCUCUCUCUCUCUCUCUCUCUCUCUCUCUCUCUCUCUCUCUCCUACCUCCUCUUCCUCCCUUGACCACGCUCGCAAUGGUGGGUAGCUGCAAGGUGGCCCUGGCAGGGGAGGGGUUUCAUGUGGACACUGGGGCACCGGGCGAGAGAGGUCUCCUUUCAACUUUGUCUUGUGGCUUGCACCCCGGGAGGAGGCCACAUGCCGAUUGUGGGGUGUAGAUUUGCCGGGAGUGAUUUCUAAGUAGUUGAGUUGUUGAGAUGAGGGUACGACGGCUAGUGGUAGGCAGGUUUUGUUUUCGUGGGUGAAUCGGGUGUCAUCAUAUUCCGGUCAUAUGUUGAAAUAUUCUUUGUUUAGGUCUUGAAGUAGAGGAUCUCCCUCUGCACGUCCACAUUGUGUUGUUUUUAAAUGAUGUCUCCGGGAGUAUGGAUUUCUAGAAUCACAAAUGUGAUUUUAAGAUCUCGGCAUGUGUGGGCCUCAGCACUGGCCUUGACAGUGAACUUUAUGGCUGUGUUUUUGGACUUCUAAGAUUUUAUCCCAUAUGUGGGAUGCUAGUUAUGCUUUUUCUUAAUGGUAGCUAAUCAGGAAUGUCGAGUCUUGAGCUGGGGAAGUUAGAGAGGGAAGGGCAUUUAUUUAUUAAUAAUUGAUAACUGAAUGUUAGAAUCAGAUUCAUUUGGUCUGGUUGGAGGUUUUUGGUUGUUUUUUUUUUUUUUUUUUUUUUUUUUUUCCUCCCUUUUUUCUUUAAAGCUGCCCUGCACUCUAGGAAGCCUUUUGGCAGGCCUUCUUUAUGGUGGUUCUUUGGGGCACGGAGGGGGUGGGUAUCACCUUUUAGAGAGAUCUACAGUAUCAUCUGUAGCUUUAUUGAAGGCCUGUUCAGGAGGCUGAUACUGAGGCCAAGAAGUGUAGAGCUACUUUUCAGAAAAGUAUUUAUGUUACUUUGUUUACAUUUCAUGUUUCUUCAAAUUUGGGCAGUAGAAAUAAAUAGGUCAGCGUUCCUAUUGGUUUUUGAAGGUUAGCGCCCCCCCUCCCCCCUCAAAGUUUUGCCAUCUACUUGGUUUACAGCCUUGUAGGGAAGCAUUACUGAUUUUUCUCUGGGAGUACUGUUACUUAUUUUAAUUUCGGUAAGUUCCCUGCUAUUUUCUUCUGUUCUUCACUUAUAUAUGGGAUCUGUUGUGAGCUUAACAUUAGCUUACCGAGGGCUAUUGUAAACGUCUAAGAAUACAUUUUAAAAUCUCAGGACAUGUUUUGAUGGCAAAGAGGAAUCUUUUGAAUGUAGCAAUACUGGCGUUUAUAAAGAAUUUCAGUCCUCAACACUUGGAUGUGCAUGCGGCUGGCCGUAAGUGAAGAUCGUAGUAGUGCAGAAAAUUCUGAAAGCUCAGACAUCGGACUAAAACUACUUCAGGGGUUUUCUCUUACUUGAGACUUUUGAUUUUGGUAACUCAAUAUGAACAUUUUGACUGACAUUGCUUGGUUGCCUAUUAUAGAAAGUCUUUCUUCUUUUUUUUUUUUCUUUUUCUUUCCUUAUGUAUUAUUGCAGCCAUUUUUAACUUAAGUUUUUUGGACAGCCUCCCAAAGGUUUGGGACGCAGGCAAAUCCUUAUGGAGCUGGAAGAAUGAUAAACACAUUGUGAAGACACCUGCCCGGGCCAUACUUUGUUUUAAAGGGAUAAAAGUGAUGGAUGGGACACCGUUUCCUUUGAUUUUUCAAUGGCCCACCCUUUUUCCUGUUCAAUUAUCUGGAAGGAGCUGCUUCAGAAACACUCUUCUGUUUACAAGAAGAUCUCUAGCACUAUCCAGCAGGAGGUGCUACAGCAAGUUAAAGGGGAGCUCUUAAUUUUGAGGGUCUUAUUGAAGUUCUCUUCUUAUUGAAGUUCUCUUAGCUCAGCUAAGCAACAGGAGUAACGUUCCAGGAAGAUUUUGAGGGACUAGAAAGCAGAAGGAGAGCCAGCUUCUCCAGAAUUGGACUUCUCAGAACCUUUAAUAUGCUAAUGUGCAUUGUGAAUCUCCAAGAUGGGGAUAUGAUAUGCAGCAUUCUUGAAUACUUCUAAUGACAGGGAGCCCACUACCUCAUAAGCUGCAGCAACAAGAGGAGCUGGUAAUUUUAAACGGAGGCUGAAGACAUUGUAGAAUUAGCAGACAUAAGAGAGCGUGGAGAAGGCAGAGGAUGGAGUUGCAGACUCUACAGGAGGCUCUUAAAGUGGAAAUUCAGGUUCACCAGAAACUGGUUGCUCAAAUGAAGCAGGAUCCGCAGAUAUUUUUUCUUUCCAAUCAGAAUGCUGACUUAAAGAAACAGCUUCAUGAACUCCAAGCCAAAAUCACAGCUUUGAGUGAGAAACAGAAAAGAGUAGUUGAACAGCUGCGGAAGAACCUGAUAGUCAAGCAAGAGCAGCCGGACAAGUUCCAGAUACAGCCAUUGUCACAGUCUGAAAACAAACUACAAACAGCACAGCAGCAGCCACUACAGCCACUGCAGCAGCAGCAACAGCAACAGCAGCAACAGCAGCAGCAGCAGCAGCAGCAGCAGCAGCAGCAGCAGCAACAGCACGCCCAGCAGUCAGCAGCCCCGCCUAGUCUGACUGCAUCACAGAAGACUGUAACUACAGCUUCUAUGAUUACCACAAAGACACUACCUCUCGUCUUGAAAGCAGCAACUGCGACCAUGCCUGCCUCUGUUGUGGGCCAGAGACCUACCAUUGCUAUGGUGACCGCCAUCAACAGCCAGAAGGCUGUGCUCAGCACUGAUGUGCAGAACACACCAGUCAACCUCCAGACGUCUAGUAAGGUCACUGGGCCUGGGGCAGAGGCUGUCCAAAUUGUGGCAAAAAACACAGUCACUCUGCAGGUUCAAGCAACACCUCCUCAGCCCAUCAAAGUACCACAGUUUAUCCCUCCUCCUAGACUCACUCCACGUCCAAACUUUCUUCCACAGGUUCGACCCAAGCCUGUGGCCCAGAAUAACAUUCCUAUCGCUCCAGCGCCUCCUCCCAUGCUUGCAGCUCCUCAGCUUAUCCAGAGGCCUGUCAUGCUGACCAAGUUUACACCCACAACCCUCCCCACAUCCCAGAAUUCCAUCCACCCUGUCCGUGUUGUCAAUGGACAGACUGCAACCAUAGCCAAAACGUUCCCCAUGGCCCAGCUCACCAGCAUUGUCAUAGCGACUCCAGGGACCAGACUCGCUGGACCUCAGACUGUACAGCUUAGCAAACCAAGCCUGGAGAAACAGACAGUUAAAUCCCACACAGAAGCAGAGGAGAAACAAGCAGAGAGCCGGACUGUCACCCCACCUGCUGCACCAAAACCAAAACGAGAAGAGAACCCUCAGAAACUUGCCUUCAUGGUAUCUCUAGGGUUGGUAACACAUGACCAUCUAGAAGAAAUCCAAAGCAAGAGGCAGGAGCGAAAGAGAAGAACAACAGCAAACCCGGUGUACAGUGGGGCAGUCUUUGAGCCAGAGCGUAAGAAGAGUGCAGUCACUUACCUUAACAGCACAAUGCAUCCUGGGACGCGGAAGAGAGGUCGUCCUCCAAAAUACAAUGCAGUGCUGGGGUUUGGAGCCCUUACCCCAACAUCCCCCCCAUCCAGUCAUCCCGACUCCCCUGAAAAUGAAAAGACAGAGACCACAUUCACUUUCCCUGCACCUGUUCAGCCUGUGUCCUUGCCCAGCCCCACCUCCACAGACGGUGAUAUCCAUGAGGAUUUUUGCAGUGUUUGCAGAAAGAGCGGCCAGUUGCUGAUGUGUGACACAUGUUCCCGUGUGUAUCAUCUGGACUGCUUAGAGCCGCCCCUGAAAACAAUUCCCAAGGGCAUGUGGAUCUGUCCCAGAUGUCAGGACCAGAUGCUGAAGAAGGAAGAAGCAAUCCCAUGGCCGGGGACCUUAGCCAUUGUUCAUUCCUACAUCGCCUACAAAGCAGCAAAAGAAGAGGAGAAACAGAAGCUACUUAAGUGGAGUUCAGAUUUAAAGCAGGAGCGGGAAGAACUGGAGCAGAAGGUGAAAGAGCUCAGCAGUUCUAUAAGUAAAUGCAUGGAGAUGAAGAACACCAUCCUAGCACGGCAGAAGGAGAUGCGCAGCUCCCUGGACAAGGUGAAACAGCUCAUCCGCCUCAUCCAUGGCAUCGACCUCUCCAAACCUGUAGACUCUGAGGCCACGGUGGGGGCCCUCUCCAAUGGCCCAGACUGCACUCCCCCUGCCAACGCCGCCUCCACACCCGCCCCUUCCCCCUCCUCACAGAGCUGUACAGCGAACUGUAACCAGGGGGAAGAGACUAAAUAACAGCCCCCGAGGAGACGCCACGGUCCUGGUGGCGAGGAGACUCUAGAAGAGCAAAGCCGGAUUUCUUCUGGAAAGUACAGAGUUCUUUUGGUUCUUUGGUUCCAGAGAGAGAGAAGAUGCUUGUGCCAGGUGGCACCGAGUUGCCAAUUGAUUCUUGUUAUUCUGUGUGUACAUGCAAAGACUGGACCAUGUUACAUGAAACAGUGCCAGCUGGAGGUUCUUUGCCAGCACCAUGCCAAGUGACAUAAUAUAUUACUCUCUCUAUUAUACACCAGUGUGUGCCUGCAGCAGCCUCCACAGCCACGGUGGGUUCCUUUCUGUUUUGUUGGGUGGGGAGCAGGGACGGGCAGAGGGAGGAGAGCAGGUUUCAGAUCCUUACUGGGAGCCAUUUGUUUAGGUAGAAAAGACAAGUCCAAAGAGUGUGUGGGCUUUCCUGUUCCUAAACUUUUCACUACCAUAAAACCAAAAAACAAAAAAAAAAAAAAGAAAAAAGAAAAAAAAAGGAAAUAGAGAUUUAACUAACCCAGUGCCCAGAAGAGGGACGGGAAGGGCUGGGAGGGGGCAAGGGUGGGAAAGUAUAUGACAUAAGCAGUAUUUAACGUUCCUGGAGGGGCCUAGUGCAAGAGGAGAGCCCAGUCCCUCCUAGCUCCGCCCCGCCCACUCCUGCAGCCCCUCCCCUCUGCUUGGUGUAGUGCACAGCCCCAGGUGGUUCCCAGGCCUUGCUAAGCAGGAAGGGGGGAGUGCCAGGGGUCCCAAGGGAGAAGGACGGAUUAGAGGUUUUACUUGAAAACAAGCUCCACCCCUUUUCUAUAUUUAUAAGAAGAGAAGGUUCUGAGCAGAGCAGCACGGCCCAGGUGUGUGUGAAUGGAGACGACCCUUUUCUCUUCUUCAAGUUUAUUUUGUUUCUGUUCUUGUUUUGUUUAAACAACGUUUUGUUUUGUUGUUUAUUUUACCUUUUUUCUUUUUUGUAACAAGAACUAAAAUAAGGAAUAGAAAAGCUGUUGUUAAGGCUGACAGUCCUGUUGAGGGUAGCGAGACCUUGCAUGAUAGAGUAGGCGUCAUAGUGUCAGUGAGGUUGGUGAGUCUGUGUGCGUCCUGUGUCAUCAGUCAGGCACUGUUCUGGAUUGUUUGUUUCGUUUUUUUACUUUCUGGUUUUGUUUUCUGGUUUUGUUUUUUGUUUUUUCAUGCAAGGGCAAAAAAAAAUCUUUGUACCUGGGGAAAACAACAACUUUUUUUUUUAAUUAAAAAGGAAAAUAAAAGAUAUUGAGGUCUUCCUAGUGUUACUUAAAUUAAGAUCAAGGUAAGAAACAUUGUAAAAAUUACAGAAGUGCUAUUUGUUUCCUAAAAACAGUGAUUUCUAUUAAAAAGGUGUCAGAACUGGAGAAAAUGCUGUGUAGUUACAGUUUUUUAGCACAGAGCCUACUGAUCCCGAUGACAUUUUGCUGUACUGUGUCUCUAGACCAUGUGCCAGUCCCCUGAAGGAAGGGCGGGCCAGCUCCUCCCACCUCUUCCUCCUCAGGCUUGCUGUCUCCUUGGCACAGGGGUCUCUCCUGUGCUUGAAGCCAAAUGGAAUGUGCAUAGCGUCAGGGCACCCCACGCACAGUCUCAGACCUUGUUAGAACGCAGGCUGGUGCCCACCUAGACCUUCCCUUGGUGCUGCUCUCAGGCUUACAGCCACCAGCAUUACUUACGCCUCGGGGGCCCCUUGGGGGACUGACCAGUGAGGCUCCUCACUGCCUGUAUGCUUGGCCUCCGGGAGGGCAUAGGGUGUAGGCUGGCUGAAGGGGGAGAUGCCUUGAGGGUCUGUAGGUCUCCGAGAGCCCAGGUGACCUUCAAGUCCAUCUUGUGCUGAAGAGAGAGGUCUGAAGCUCUGGCAGGCCUCUGUCUGCUAGCCCCAAGGUCAGAGUUCACUCGAAUUCCACUCACUCACAUGCUUCCUGGGUUUUCCUGGGCUAGAACCACUAUGCUCGCCUUGUAUGGCCUAGUGUAGACUUUUUUUCUUGGAAAAAUGGAGUUCUGAAAAGCUCUCUACUCAUCUUUCCCACAAUACCAUAGGGAAAGUAACUCUAUGAGAUGCAUGCUCCGACUGGAAACCCUUGUUAAAUGUUCUUGAGUGAAGGGACAGAGGCCUAGGCUCUGCCCCCAGGUCUGAAAGCAGCAUCUCUCUGCAGUGCACCAGACUCCCAAGUCUAGGAGUAGCAGGAAAGACCCCUUUGCUUCUUCCUUGUCCAGUUAGGUCCAGGGCAAAAGAACUGGAUCCUGACAGAAACUACAACAGACCAGAGGUGCUUGUGAGCGAGAGCAAGGCCCAUCCACACCAGCCGCCCAUUCAUCUUCCCAGCGCUUGAGAAGAGGGCAGGCAGUUUGGCCACACAGGCCUCAGCUUCAGGGCUCUGCUUCGGUCUGGCUGAAGGGAGCAGAGAAAAGCCCUCUUUUCUUAUUCAGGAACUAAGGUGCUGUCUAGUUAGCGGGCGUUGGAGAUGCCUGGACUAGUGGGAGGAAUCUUUGGCAGAGAUUCAGAGACCAGCAGCAGGCUGAUAUCCUGCCUCAGCUUCCCCCAACCUGCCAACCCCUCCUGGACUUGUCUGGGCCCAUAGGCUGGGGGCUUGGCACACAAUGCCUACCUGUGACAGGAAGAGGUUGACAAGCCAUCAACAAUCACUACAGGCCUUUGCUCCAGACGAGCUGCUGGUGACAGUGAGGACCUGAGCAGCACAGACUCCCAUCUUCUGAUGUUUGGAAGCUGAGCUGCCUUGAGUCGACUGGAGUGAAGUAAAAUGUAGCUUUGCUCCAAGCCUCCGCUGCUGGCCCUGCCCCUUCUGUCUUCUUGCCCUUACCUCUGUCAGCACAGAGCUCCUUUCUGUCCCCUUAGGCCUGUGAGUACCUGUGACCACCCGAGACAUACACACAUACUGCCCCACCUAAGCUGCCACCAAGCCUUCAUCUACUUCCCCACCUGCAGUGUGUUCUCUUACAGCCACCUGUGUAAGGCUUGCUAGCAUGGCAGUCACUUUGGAGGGCCUUGGACCAGGAGUCCCCUUGUCUCCCCCAUACCCCCAGGUCAGGCUGGCAGGUGCAGGCUGUACAGGUCAGCACCAUCACUGCCGCCCCCUCCCCCGAAGGGUCUUCUUCCUUUCUGAGCCACUGUCUUUGUCUGCCUCAGCUGAGCUCCACCAGUUCUCAUUUUUCCUUGCUUUCUCUGGCUUUGGGAGGUAAGCUUUGCUGAUGGCACCCUUCAGGAAAGGUCCCUGAAUGACUUUGCCUGUGUGGGACCUGCCUCUACAGCCAGUGACAACUGCAGGCAACCUCCAGCUGGCCCCGUCUUAGUUAUUGGCAGCCUCUUAGGGCCACCUCUCCUGCUGCUUCACCUUGUCUCAUGCCCAUCAGGCAGUGUUAAGGGUACAUGUGUACCCAGCACUGCCCGAGUGACUGUGCUUCCAGCUGUCUGUCUGCACCCACAGCUGCCUCUCGGCCACCUCUCUGAUGCUUCUGAUGCUUCCUCUUGGGGCUAUUGGAGCCUUCCUGACUCUCACCACCAGCCCUCCUUCCCCCAGCUCACAACCUUUAAAAGGUCUCUUCCCUCUAGGCCCUCCUUUGGUAUGGACCUUACGUAACUAAAGGGCUGAACUCUUGAGGUCAUUCCUCCCAGGGGCAGGAGUAGGAUGGACCAGUGGCCCUUUUCUGGACACUGGGUUCUCCAGACCCCAUGGCUUCUGUUGAAUGCAGGCUACUUUGCUCUGUGUAAAUGACUGUGGACCUUGUCCCACCCCUCAUCCCAGCACCCUUGGCAGAAAACAGGAGUAUCAUUUCUCAUCCUGCCUUCAGCCGGUGCUCCUGGUCAGCUCCUCCCCAAGAAGGAAAUGGGUGACACCCCCCUGCCCCGGGAAGAUUCCACUGGUCCUCUCCAGGGACUGAAGAGUCCCACAUGGCAGCCUUGGCCCCUGCACCCCUCUCCAGUGUUCUUGCUCUUAGCCCUGGGUGAGCUGCAGUCGGGUGGGUGGGCUGAGCAGACCUGAAGUCAGCAAGCUCCACAUAGAGCCAGCCACACCCAGUCCUGUCUGUGUCCGUGCCCUUUGUGAUUUCAGUCUUGGUAGAAUUUGUAUUUGGAGUUUUGUGCUUCAAAGUUUCUGUUUUGUUUGUUUGGUUUUUGUUUUGAGGGGGUGGGGGGUACAGAGCAGCCGAUCAAUUUGUAUUUAUUUAUUUUAACAUUUUACUAAAUAAAGCCAAAUAAAGCCUCUCA